AUGAUGGAAGUGCAGCAGCAACACUCGCCUGUAGGGGUGGGUCCCCUGGACUUUUCACGCAGGGGUGUCGCGGAGGCGUCAGCUUUUCGCGUCGUCAAGCCGAAACAAUCGGCAUCCUCGCUGGUGCAUCAGCAAGCGUUGUCACCGGAAGCGAAUAACAACGAGAAUCUUCAGGAGAAUCCUCAGGUUCCCGUGGACACCGAAGGAGGAUGCAACGUUCGUUUAAUGUUCCCCAGACUGUGGGCUCCCUUUGGAAGCGCUACCGAGGUCACGAAUCUACCACCCUUGCCCAAAAGCCAUUCAGAACGAUUGUCCUUCGGAGUGGGUCGUCUGGUGGGUUCCCCGGCAACGAGGAGUCCCUCACCGUCGCAUUCACCCUGUCCGGACUCUCCUCCGUCGGAUCGUCGGGACGGCGAGGUGGACGUGGACGUCGAAGAGGAGGAAGUGGACGUAGACGUGGAAGAAGUCGGCGACGAGGACGAUCGCGACGCCACGUCGAGUCCACCGCGAUCGUCCACGACGCCGUCGCCCAUCAGCGUCGCGAUAUCGCCCACCUUGAAUCCACCAAAGAAAUCCGGCGACACUUUCAGCGUUUCCGCUCUUCUCAGGCCGGAUCCACCGUCGGCACACCUGCAAAACGCCUCGCCACAUAGGGACACGACGUCGAUCGGCGCGCAUCCACCACCUCCAGGCUCCUCGAUGCUCUAUCCACCCCUGCAUCUUCAGGGUGGACUGUUACCACCUCAUCCUCACCAUCCCCUGUCGUACCUGCACCCUCAACUGCUUCCCCAUCAUUUGUUACCUCCGCACUUGCACCCAUUGCUGCGUGGCGUUCAUCCAGGUCACCCUGGCCUCCAUUCCACUCACACCGCGCACGGGCUCCAUCAUCAUCCGCUCGGCGACGUCUACAGCUGCGUCAAGUGCGACAAGAUGUUCAGCACGCCUCACGGACUCGAGGUACAUGCAAGGAGAUCUCACAAUGGGAAGAGACCGUUCGCCUGCGAGCUGUGCAAUAAAACGUUCGGCCAUGAAAUCAGCCUUACGCAACACAGAGCCGUGCAUUCCGCGGAGAAGGUGUUCGAGUGCAAGCAGUGCGGCAAAGCAUUUAAACGUUCCAGCACUUUAAGUACUCAUCUUUUAAUCCACUCGGACACGAGACCGUACCCCUGUCAGUUCUGCGGGAAGAGAUUCCAUCAGAAGAGCGACAUGAAGAAGCACACCUAUAUACACACCGGUGAGAAGCCGCACAAGUGCCAAGUAUGCGGCAAGGCGUUUUCUCAAAGCAGUAACCUGAUCACGCAUUCGAGGAAGCACACGGGCUUCAAGCCGUUCGCCUGCGAGCUUUGCGGCCGAGCUUUCCAGCGGAAGGUCGACCUGAGAAGGCAUCGAGAGACCCAGCACGCCGACCUCAACACGUCUCAACGACCGGCGAUCGGCUCGAUGCCUGGCCAAAACUCUUUGCCUAACGGCAAUCCGCCGAUGAUGCAGUGAAUAAUUCUCCGACGAUAAUCAAACGGACUGUAAACUUUUUAUCCUCCAAGAGGAACAGGUUGAGAAUGUUAAUCGAAUU